AUGUGGAUUUUACGCGGAUCACUACAUGCUAGUGAUGUCCCAACCCGAAGCAUUUACACGACUCUCUACGAUUUGUAUAUCUUGAUCACUCAAUAUAAUUCAAGUCAUGCUCCACAUGUGAUCAUUUAUCUGAUGAUCGCUUGGCAAUCGCUUUUCUCAUUGAGACAUCUAGCAGCUGUCCGGCGAACUCGUCGACAAUUCUGGGGAAUGCAACUCUAUUCCGUCGUCAAUAUGAGCGUCUAUUUGAUCGCAAUUAUGACAAAAUAUAUAGAAACGAUCAUGAAUCCAGCUUAUGCAUAUAGUUUCUAUUUUCCAAUUUUACGAUACAUUCGCCCGGUGCUUGGCUAUAUGUGUUUGCUAGUGCUUACUCAUAACAAUCCAGAUAUGCAUAUUUACUUGAGUAUCACAAAUCUUUUGCACUCAGAAGUCAGAAAGUUCAACUAUACGAUUAAAAAUCUUAAAGCUUCGACAAGUGAUGAGAUAAAGUCGAAACUUGAAAGUUUACUCUGUUUACACACAAAAAUUUGUGGAUUAGUCACGGAAAUGGAUGAGAUUUAUAGGAUUUAUACUUUCAUGACGACAAUCUGUACGAUUCCGUUGAUGAUUUUUGCCUUGGUGAUCUCAAGGAAAACGUUGAUUGAGUUCUCGUUUAGUGUCUCUCCGAUGACUUUUUGUGCUUAUCAACUGUAUGUUAUCAUGUAUCCAGCGAGAUUACAUGGAGAGUUGAACAAAUCGAAAUAUCUUCUGUGUAUGAAUGAAAACGUUUGGAUACCAUAUGAUGAAAAUGUGCACAAGAUCGGCACAACAUUGGCAAUCCACUUGGAUCAACCAUCAGUUGGGAUCACUCUUUGGGGCUUUGCUCUCGUCACAAAGUCUCUCAUUUUAACGAUUGCUUCGGUGAUGAUGACCUGUUUGGCUUUGUUACUCGACAUGCGACCAAAGGAUUUGACUCAUUCAGAC